GUGUUUGUUUGCCUGGAAAGAAAAAGAAAAAAACAAGACCACAUUGGAUUGAAUCGAACGAAAGGUGUGUAUUUUUCGAAAAAGAAAAAGAAGAAAGCGACUGAAAACUCAAGAAAGUUGGAGAAUUUGUUUAGAAUUAGAAUCGUUUUCGUAUUGGAUUUUCUAUAUUUAUGAACUAAUUUUAGUAAAGAGAAGAGCAAUUAGCUAAGUUAAGACACUACAAAAAAAAAAAAAAAAAAGGAAAAUUUGGCUUUGUUUUGUUUUCUCGGAUUAGCUGUAAUAAGGAGCAGAGCAAAUCAAUGGCGGCGGAGUUGAUGUUCAGGGGCAGCGGCGCGUCGAGCUCACCGCCGGCGUUGAUCCUGACGUCGGGAGCGAGCGGUAGGAUCAGGGCGAUAUUCUCCGCACGCGCCUUGCGGAGCCUUCUGAUGUUGAUCAACGCUUUUGUUUUGCUCUUGCUUUUGCCGUUCCGCGGUCGGAGGCGAACGACGUCGUCUUCUCCGGAGAAGGACGACGAGAAGCAGGAGAUUGGCGGUGGAUCGCAUCGGAAGGGGACGGCGGUGGUGAGGGUUCCGGCGGCGAUGGUGUCGUGGAGGCGAGCGGCGGCUACGGCGGUGGCGGUGGACCACGAGGUGGCCGCCAGGAGAGCUUUAUCCAUUCGGCGUGUUCUUCAGGAGGACGAUGAUGAGGUUUCGAUUAGGGAUUUUUCGCUUUUUGUCACCGCGAGAGGUGAUACAGUUUUUACUCAGUCGUGGUCUCCGCCGGCUCCGGUUAAGAUCAGGGGCCUGGUUAUUAUUUUGCACGGCCUGAAUGAGCACAGUGGUAGAUACAGUGAUUUUGCAAAGCAGCUGAAUUCCCAUGGCUACAAGGUCUAUGGAAUGGACUGGAUUGGUCAUGGUGGGAGUGAUGGACUUCAUGCAUAUGUUCCUUCUCUUGACUAUGCUGUUGCCGAUUCGAAAUCUUUCAUUGAGAAGGUUGUAGCUGAAAAUCACGGGCUACGGUGUUUCUGCUUUGGACAUUCGACUGGCGGAGCCAUUCUACUUAAGGCAAUGCUUGACCCUAAAGUGGAAGCCAAUGUAGCUGGCGUCGUGCUGACAUCGCCUGCGGUUGGAGUACAGCCAUCCCAUCCAAUUUUCGUGAUUCUUGCUCCCAUUGUCUCAUUUUUGCUACCUAGAUACCAAGUUAGUGCAGCAAACAAAAAGGGCACGCCAGUCUCUCGUGAUCCCGAGGCUUUAGAGGCCAAGUAUUCGGAUCCAUUGGUGUACACCGGGUCCAUUAGGGUGCGAACCGGUUACGAGAUUCUCAAAAUUACUUCUUACUUGCAGCAGAAUCUGAGAAAACUGAGAGUGCCCUUUCUAGUUCUCCAUGGCAAAGCCGACACCAUUACCGACCCUGAAGCUUCUCAGAAACUGUACGAAGAAGCUGCCUCAGCAGACAAAGACAUCAAGUUGUUCGACGGCCUAUUACACGAUCUCCUUUUCGAACCAGAGAGGCAAGAAAUAAUGGAGGAUAUAAUUGAGUGGUUGAAUCAGAGACUUCAAAAACUCUAGGCAGUGCAGUUAGGAAGGAGGAGAAAAAAAACAUUAAAUAAAAAACAAAAAAACUAAAUGAAAAUAAAAACAUUGUUUGGGAGUUUCUCUAACCAGCGGGAGAAUUGGAAAACGACAACUUAUUUAUUUUGGUUGAACGUUUAUUUCCUUUUUCUUUUUCAUGGUUUUCUCCCAAAAAUGGAAAGAAAAAAAAAAUUGAAUGUUGAAAAAUUGAAUUUUCUCAGGAUUCUUGAUGAAAAUUGCAAAUGUGAAGGAGGUAGUGAGUGGCCCAUUUUUCCUUUUCCAUCUAAUCAAGAGAUUGAAAGAUGGAUGGAUAGAUCAAUUUCUGCUUGAGAAUUGAUGUAUUUUACUCAUGUUGUAUAAAGAUUUGGACUCCAUUGGAGAUUAUCACUAGUACAUGAAAACAAUGCUUAUUAUUAUUAUUAUUA